AUGGAUCAUGUUGUAAUUCCAAAUUUUUCACAAGAUGACACAUCGAAAUGGGGGCUCGUCUUUCAUACAGAAGCCAAUCUUAUAUGUGAUGAACAAACAGAUUCAGUUAUGCACAAAAUAGAAGUCGCACGUUUAAUAGCACCCAAAAUAGCAUAUCAAUGGUUUAGUAACGUAUUCAGUUAUAAUUGGUGGACUCGAUUCUGGUUACACGACGGUCUUGCUACUUUGUUUGGAGAAGAAACCAUUGUUAAGAUCUUUAAUGAUUCUACAAUCAUGGAUUUCCUCAUAGUGCAGAAUCAAUACGAAUCUCUUCAUUUGGGUUCUUACUUUGACAUGAAUCCUCAAAUCACCAACCUGUUGGAAAUUGAUUCACUUUUCAGUUUUCCUCGUUAUUUAAAAGUACUAAUUGUUUUACGCAUGCUCCAAAGUGCAAUUACCGAUAAAGUGUUUCGAAAUAAUGUUCAUACGUAUGUAAACAGACACAUUUUUAGCUCAACGAUUUCUUUGAAUUUCUGGUCCAUGCAAGAACCCAUAGAAGCAUUUAAAUGUUAUAUACCAUCAAAUAAGUUCUUAACUUGGAUAACGUACAGGCAUUAUCAAAUUGUAACCUUCGAGCAAGCAGAAGCUGAUUCUUACAAGGGAAAAUUAUCGCAGAUAUAUAAUCCAAUCGGUCAGGGAAGGUGGUGGAUACCUAUAAAUUUAAAAAAUUAUAAAUUGCAGACCGCAGGAACAUUAUCAAUGAAAAAUUUGACAACAUGUUUAACACCAGAUUUACCGUCUUUUAUUUUAUAUGUUCAACAAAUUGAUUGGGCAUAUGAUUGGAUAGUCAACAUACAGCGAGGAGGAUAUUAUCGUGUCAAAUAUGAUUUAAAAGGCUGGAACGCAAUUGCAAAUUAUUUAAAUUCAACAGCUGGAGAAUAUGAAGGAAUUAGUGUCAUCAAUCGUGCUAAAAUCAUUGAUGACGCAUUUCAUUUGAUGAUGGAAAAUCAGCUCGACGUAUCUAUAUUUUGGAACCUCACGCAAUUCUUAUCACAAGAGACAAAUUAUGUAGUAUGGUAUCCAAUGAUUAAAGUGUUCGAAUAUAUGUCCACUAUAUUUCCAAUUUCAAAAGACGAAAUUAUGUUCAUCGACGAUAUCAAGGCAAAAUUAAGAGAAUUACUGGAUAAGCCACUAAUGGCAAUACUAUUUGAUAAACACAUAAAGGAAAAUGGGUUUACUGAAUCUUUCAAACAAGAAAUAUUAAAAUGGUCUUGUGCGCUCAAACAUAUUCAGUGCGCAAAAAGGGCCAAAGAUGCGUUAGAAUACCAUCUUCAGAAUCCUGAAAUAGAACCGUAA